AUGUUUGCAGGCAAUUUCUUUCUAAAUAAUGCAAUUGCUGGGGCUAUUGAAUUGCCUACAUUAAUUGCUUGUGUUUUUUUGUUACAUAAAGGAGGCCGUAAAUGGUCACAAGUUAUUUCUUUAAUCUGUGCUGGAACUCUAAUUUUUGCAGCAAUGUGCCUUAGCCUUCGUGGAGAAAUGGCUUUUUCUCUUCUUUUCCUUUUAGCUGGAAAGGCGUGUAUUCAAGGGGCUUUUAAUAUUCUUUAUAUUUUUACCUCAGAACUUUACCCAACAGUUAUUCGCAACAGUGCAGUAGGUACAUGUUCAAUGAUAGCUAGAAUAGGGUCAGCGGCUUCUGGUUAUAUUGCAAUACUUUCUGAUGUGACACUUCCAAUUGUUCCAAUGGCCGUCUUUUGUGUUUUUUCUCUCUUUGCCGGCGUUCUUAUUUAUUUUCUGCCUGAAACUAGAGACUUGCCAUUACCAGAGACUAUGUAUGAUGCUGUGAGAAUGCUUAAUAGCAGUGGAGAACGUUAUCGUUGUAUUGGUGGAAAUCAAGCAGCGGAUGGGGGUGAACACGAGGACGAUUUUGAUGAUUAUUAUGUUACUAAAGCUAAUAAUAAUGAAGAUAACAAUACUACACUUUCAGAUGUUGAAGAAGAAAAGGAGAUUGGAGAUGAUGUUUUUCUUUAUACAAAUGUUAGUAAAAGGUGAUGAAAUGGGUAGAUUAAUGGAGAUUAUCCAAAAAAUACUCUGGCCUAACAAUAAUCGUCUUGUACUUUUUUUUUGGAAAUUC